GGGAUGACAAGACCCAACGCUUCUCCGAUCAGACGGUCACCGGCCUCCCCUUCUUCCUCACCCUCGAGCCGACCGAUCGUCCCCCAGAGUCUCGUCGCCACCGCUCCUCUGCACAUUUCGAUAUGAUGGAGACGGGGUAUGAUUUCAUUCUCGGCACUCCGUGGUCUCGUCGGUUCCGCAGUACCGAGGCCGAUUGGGCGACCAACACUCUCGUUCUCAAAACAAAGUGUGGACAAAUGUAUGGCGUACCUUUCAUAGGUACCACUGCGACACCACGCCCCGAUCCUCCUCCCCCGGAGCCUUCCGUACCCACACCAUCUCCUUCUAUCACUGUCACCUCGCCUCAACAGUUCGCCUACUUCAUCCAACAAGAUGACGUCACCUUCUGUAUGGUGAACGUGACGGAUGUCUUACACUAUGAUCCACCCUGUCCCGACGCCGAGCUCAUCCCUCUGGAGCUAAAUCCUCCUUCUAUCUCCAUGGCUCCCAUCUCUACUUCCGUCCCUCCGCCGUCCCUCGAGUCCACCUCGCCGUCGCGCACUGACGCUGAAGCUGAGGAACUCGCACGCUAUACGUCCGAUCUGGAGCCCGCACUUCGUGACCUCAUUCGAGAGUACCAUGAUGUUUUCCCAUCGUCGUUUUCGUACGCCGGCAUCCCACCGAUGCGCGACGUCGAGCACUCCAUCCAAUUCGUGCUUGACUAUCGUGCUCAGCACCAGGCACCCUACAGACUCUCGAUCCCCGAUGCCACCGAACUCAAGCGUCGGCUUGAGGAGCUCCUUAGACUGGGUUUCAUUAAACCCAGCAACUCCCUAUGGGGUGCACCCGUCUUCUUUGCUCGCAAAACGGAUGAAACUCUCCGUCUCUGCAUCGACUAUCGUGGCCUCAACCGCUACACGGUUAAGAACAACUAACCCAUGCCUCGUUUCGACGAGUUGUUCGACCACCUAGCAAGCAACCGCUUUUUUACGAAGAUUGAUCUUCGUAGCGGUUACCAUCAGAUCCGCGU